AUGCAGAAACGCGCUCGAGCUGUUGAUACAAAGAUGCGGCGUACGAUGAAACGUGGAAACCGGCAGAUAGAUCCCGUCAAAGACUCGUCAGUUUUCUUUUCUUCCAAAAUUUUUAGCCUUCGUUAAAGUAUGGUUGAAAUGCAAAAAGAAAGUUGUCUUAUUCUGUACUCGGGCAAGGUCGGAAUGGGGAAUAAAGACCGCUGAAAGGAAUAGACUCGAAAAAGGCCGCAGAAAGGCAGCAAAAAGAGUCCCUUUAUCGAGCCUUCCGUUUUCUGGGGCUCAAGAAUUGGUGGAAAAGAGAAAGGUAGCAAAAAUGGUCCAAAAAAGCCGAUGAACUGGCGCAAAAAGGGAGAAAAAAUGGAGCCUUUCUCACCCUUUACGACUUUGCCUAUGUAUUGUGCUCCCGUUUAACGAGUUUCAGCUUUCUGGUCUCAGUGAAUAGGUUUUUCAAAAGGGCAGAGGAGCACAGAGUGACUGAUAAGAAGGUUCGAUUCGAAAAUAAAAUUACGAGGUUUUCCUAAAAUUUUUCGGAGUACACAUUGAGAAGUAGAUUUUCUGGUUUUUCGUAGAAGAAGAAGUGGGAACACUCACGAGGAAAAUAAUUUUACUUUGUGGUUGGGAGUUUUCUGAAAAUUUGUCAUAAUAUCCCGUGAAGUACCAAAUCCAGGUCCUGAGAGUCUUAACCUACACAACUUUACAGUUUUCAAGAAACAAGGGCUCAAAGCCCCUAACAUGGUCUUUUUGACGGAUUUUAAAGGUUUUCUUCAAUUUAUAGGUGUCAUUGUUCAAAAACUAAGAAGCUGUGCAGGUUGAGACUUUUAGAAUCCCAUUUUGGUUCUUCAAGGAGUUUUCUUCAAGGAGUUAAAAGUAAAAUUACCUUCCUCGUCAGGAUAGUUCUUGUCUUGAGACUUUUCCUAUGCUCAGAAAAUGUGUGCAUUUCGCAACAGAUGCAGUAGAAAUGAUUGAAUUAGUUAGUUGAUGGAAAUUCUUGGUUUGUAAUGAUAAUAACAAUAAUUUUUUGAAUAAACCACAAGAUGUUCUCCUGAAUUCAAUUUCAGAGUGUCGAUGUCGCUGGCGUACAUGCGCCUCCUGUUGAUGUGGGUAUCGUUGAUCGGCCUCGAGGCGGCUUUCGGCCUCCGUUUCGAACUCCUUUGGCCUUUCUGGCUGAUCAUGCGCUCCGGAUAUGAGGCCAUGAACAAGAGCCAAGGCAGCGUCGUCACACUCGCCAACCACAACACGGCCGUUCGUUUACUCUCUCAAAAUUCAUUUCCAAUGCGGUAUUCCUGUUCAGAGGAUGGUACGGGUUGAAAAUUGAAAAUAAUAACUUUUUCGAUAUUUUGCUCGAGCUCACUGUGCAAUUGUAAUUUUUGAGAACUACACGAAGUGCUAAAAAUCGCUCAACUUUUGGAGAUCCAUUUUUCGCAUUUUCUAUAUCUCAUCGACGGAAGCAUAAGUCUCUUGACAAAGUUGAAUAAUUACUUUGAAAUUUUCUUGAAAAAUGAUAAUUUUCACUUUUUUGAAUACUGUUUGAUCAACAGAAAAGUAUUCACCUUAAUCAGUUCAAAAAAAGAACCUAAAAUUUUUAGCGAAUAAACUUUUAGCUAGUUUUGCCGGAAGUUUUUCUUUAAAUUCUCAACUCGAACCAUCCAAAUCAGAGCUGAUUAGAGGGAUCAUGGUUGAAAAAGCGUUAUUUUGACCUUUGAAGCGUCUUAGCUCGAAAAUCAGAUCUUUUUUUUUCUGGAAUCAAGAGGACCUAAAGAACACCUUAACGAAGAUUCAUCGAAAGUUCAACCGGCGGGAUGGGGUAAAAACAUUCUCUAGUGUGCGGACUGACUACCUUAAGAGAUGCCGAAAAAAAGACGAAUUUCAGAAGUUCUCCGUGUUGUUCGUGUGUGUGACAGCCACCUCGGACCUCAUAUGCUACCUGUUCAUUCCGGUGCGUAUUCUCGUCGUUCUUUCGAGUACGUAUGUCUGGAUCCAUCUGAUCUGGCACACCCACAAUGGCGUCGUCCGUUCCAUCACAUCUGUUGCUGGUCGGUUUUCUCUCCCCCGUCUUCUUUUAGUAUUUUUUUUUUCUUAGUUUAGGUCUAUGAUACUAAUCUCCUGAAUAUGUUGAGAACUUGAUUGAAUAUCAAAUAACAUUGAUAGUUGAAGCUAAACUUUUACUAUUAUUUUGUUUUUCAAUCUAUAAUUUUUUUGAGCUUUUUGUUUUUGUUUCUCAAUCUAUACAUUUUUUGAGCUUUCAUUUUUUUUUAGGUUUAUCUUGCAACUGUUGAAAAAUUAGGGCGUUUUUCAAAAUUUGACGGGUGCGACCGCUUUUCUUGUGCUUCAUUGCAAAUUAAUAAAAUACGGGUGUUUUUUAAAUGUUCGUUAUUUCGUUUAAAAAAACACCGAUUUUUUUCGAUGGUUUUUUAAUCUCUAUAGUGGAAUCUUUUUUGUGUUUUUGACACUCACAAUGUGAGUCUCACUUUGAAAAAAAAUGAAUUUCUUAGUUUUGCCGUAGUAAUCUCUUGUAUUGUUUUUUUUUUAAUGGGAAAGAUAGGAAAAAAAUACAAAAUUUGAAAAAGAGUCCCAGAAAGAGUAAAAAAAAAAGAUAAAAUAAAGAAACGCUUUUUUAUAUACAUUUUAUAUCAUGCCAAAAAAAUAAGAAGAAUUUUUGGAGAUUAGAAAAAGAGAAUAAGAUAUUUUUUUGUACAGACAGCCUAAAACGGAAACUUUUGUCAAUCUCUCAAAUCCAACGUUUUUGAAAAAAAAAACAUGAUAUACCUCGCAGAUUCCAAAGAUUUGUAUCGUAUUUCAGGGGAACGGGCACAAGCGAUACCACUCGUUUUAUUGUGGAUGUUGGUCUUCUACUUUGAGUUCUCUUGUCGGAUAAGGUUUUUAUUGAUUUUUCUCUCGACCUUGCAAAUCCCAACUCUCCAGGAAUCGGCUGGCCGAUCUGCCUUCAGUAAUGUGGCACGCUUUGACAACUCGAUCAGCUUCGGGAUUUUCUAUUUUUCUCGUUGGUGAGCUUUUCCUCCGUUUUGAAAUUAGUUUCGAAAAACGAUUUUCAGAUAUCACGGAUUUCAAAGGGUGUCCCAGUCUACACUCAAGUACAAUUCCUCGAGGAAUGAACGCCUUUUUCGGCGCCCAUUGCCUCGGCUAUCCGAUAGUACUCAUCGGAUUCUCCUUAAAAUAUUAUAUGAGGUUUUUUUUUCAAUUUUUAUUCCGUGGCGUUUUGGUUAGUGGAAGAAAAUUUAAUACAAAAAAUGAAGAGGGCGGAGUCAAAAAUCCGUCGUUCCCAUGUGAGGUCAUGGGAAAAACGCGUAAACAACAGGAAAUAAUAAAGGCGCAUGUUCAAUGGGUCUUGAGCCGAAUCGAUUUCUCGAAAAAGCUAUUUUUCCAUUGUCGUGUUCAAAGUGAUUUCGCGAAAUUUAAAAUAUCCGCCAGAAAAUGAAAAAUAUAACUGGACUUCGGAUUUUUGAAUUUCGCGAAAAUUAUUUUGAAACAUGUGGAUAGCGUCGCAGUGCGUGCACACCAUACACUACAUUUUACGGCGUCGUCAAAAAAAAAUUUGCUUCAACUCGACAAACUUUUUUCUUCAGAGAAUGGCGACUGCGAAAGAAACAGGGCGAAGUUUCCUCAAGUAACGAACAUUUGAAUAGGUCAGUGGAAAACCCGAGUCUCUCUGAAUAAUUUCGAAUAUUCCGAUUCAGGCUUCUCGUAGAAGCACUACCUGCGCAAUACGACGGUCCAAAAGACUUUUCGAAACCUUGUUUAGAAGAAGGUUGCUUUUCAUUCGAUGAAGGAGUAGCUUAACUUCGGUUUCAGAAUGUUUCUUGCUGGACAGUGGUUCAGCGAUUGUGCCGGCGUUGCCUGCACCCGUGCAGAAUGGAAUUUCUCUAAAUGGAGCCGUCAAAAAGAACGGAUUACCAAAAGUUUCCAUCUCCAGUUUUUGGCGAGCAAUUUCGGAAUUGUUUAGUAUCAAAGUUCGCGGCAAAAAACGGCGAAACCCCGAUCUGUUAAUGGAAAUGCCUCGCAAACAACACCACCGACCGAGAAGAAAAGAGGGGAUCACAAGAGAUCAGACGAAGGCGAUGACGACGACUCUGAAGGUUUUUUUUUCUUUUCUGGAGGGUUCUAAAAUGUACUGUGCAUUUUCAACUUGAGCGUCAUGCCAUAUUCAAAGUAAUGAUUUCAAAAUUGACGCGUAAUUCGUUUGAAAUGGUUUCGGGAAAUAGGCAAAAGUGUAAUUUUGGGAGGAAGCAGAAAAAAUGAGUCCUACAACGAUUUAUCGCAAGAUUUUUACUGUAACUUUUACGCGCGAGUUCAAAAUUUUGGAAUUGAUUUGAGCAUUUUCUAACAAAAUUUCAAACAUUUGAAAAUAUGCAUUUACAUCGUACAUCUUUCACGCUUUUUGUGAUUACGCGAAAUACAAAAUAGCCACCAGAGAAAGAAAAAGAUAACUAAAAUUAGGAGAGUCAGAGAUAAAUCGCCGAAGUCACUUCAAACAUGGCAUCAGUUUUAAUUUUACGUUGCCUUGUCUUUUUUUUUUUAAUUUGACUAUUCUUAUCCUUUAUUAUCUUCACAGCCAUUUUUUGUCUUGAGAAUUUUUUUCUUUCAGAUUUUUUCAUACUCUUUAUUAUUUUUUCACUUGCACAAUCUUUAAAAAAACUUUAUAUUUCGAUCAAAAUUUUUUUUCAAUUUAAUCUUUACUUUAUUCACCAGAGCUUGUAACAUGGGUAGACCAUUUUUACCGACCCUUCUCCCAAGUAUUCUUAAAUUAAUUAUGAUACUACCUUCUCGAGGCUGAAACUUGUCUUUUUGUGACCAAAACUGCCUCCCAGAAUUCUCUAAUUUUUUUCAAAAAUUUCUGUAAGCCAACCCCUCCUCCCGGUCUGACUCAGUAAUUGCCCAUCAAUGGCUUGUAAAUGAACUUUUUCAAAAAUUUAAAAUGUUUUUCAGACGACUUUGGAUGGAAAGAAUCAACAACGAGCGCUGUCGGCCACAGCAGAACACCUGGAAGCGUUUCGAUCGUGCGGAUAGCCUGGGAGAUGGCCGUCUGGCUGACCGGCGUCAUCAGCACGUUCAGUGGCCGCAGGAGCCUCCAGAAUUGCGAAGAGGGCGGGAGCAUCUACGGCGACGAUGACGACGACGACAGCCUUCUCAUCGACGAUCGGAAACGCAACGGCGACGCCAAGAAUCGUCAGGCGAUGAUGUUGGGCGCAGCUGGCGGGCGUCAGAGGAACAAGAUCAAGCAGCAAACGAAGGAGAAAUUCCCGCAGCUGCAACCUGAAAAGGCUAGUUUCAUCCGUUCUUUGUAUUUUCAGAAUCGGUCUUUUUUCUCAUUUUGAAGAGUUUUUUUUUUUUUUGAAAUGAUUGAUGUUGGGUUAAUAUUCUUGAAAAUUGAAUCAAGAUUUCAAGCCAAUGCAAAAAAAAAGAUAAAAAAGAAAUUCAUAGUCCGCAAAAUAGGCAAACUGGGAAAAUGGUUACUGGCCACUAUAGGGUUUUGACGUUUUAGUGACUACUUAAGGGGUUAAAAAUUAGUGGCCAUUAUAGAGAUCUAAGUGCUACUACUAGACCACUGAGAAAUUUUAGUGCCCACUUUAGGGGUCCAUAGAUCAAAAUAAUUGGUCUAAUCUGUUUAUUUUGAAAUUAUCAGAGUCACUAGAAGGAAUACUGGAUGAAAAACUACUGAAGUGGCCACUAUAGAGGUGGGAUUAGUGACCACUUUAGUGUCCUCUCCAAGUAGUCCUUGGCGAGCCUCUCUAGUAGCCACUAAAAAAUUUCCCAGAAUUAAAAGAAAGCGCUAAUAAAAGCCUUCGAAGCGUCAUAACUUUAUUCAUAACGAGAAGUUUUUUCCUUGUUCUGCAAUCAGAAGGUCCUAGAGUACACUUCCGCGAAGUUUCUUUUCAUCAAGUUCAACCCGGAGGCAGAAAAACGUUCCCUAGUUAGGAUUAUCAAUUUAGGAGCCUCAUUCUGCUCGGAGAUAGGUGAAUUUGUAGAAACCAACAAGAUUUUUCGAAGUUUUGUCUUCCAGUUCUUUUUACUUUUUUUAAAAACAACUUUGAUACCUUUUUUUCACGUCUCUGAGUUUCAGACAGCUGUUGUUACCCCAUUGUCUAACGGCCACCGGCCCGCAGUCAACUUGCCGACAAACAGCCUGGGCAACUCGUCGAUGUCGACGCGCGACAGCAGCCACGACCUGCUCGCGGCCAGCGAGAACAACAACGAUCCCGCAGGGUUCCCCCUCUCUCUGUUUCCCAUCUGAACGCGUCGGCUUUGCAGACUGGCCUUGGAAAUUGAGAAGUUGCGCAACGAGAUCAACCACCUGAAGCUGGCAGAAGCGGACGCCCGGAUUCAGUUGAGCAUCUACGAAGGGAACGAGAAGGCGGCACGACAGGAGGCGGCUCAGAUGCGGUCGCGAGUCGAGCAAGUUGAGGCCAAGUUAGUUUUUCCAUUCGUUCUGAAAAUCAAGUUCCCUCCUUCAGGUAUGCAACGAUGGAAAAGCUGCGAGAAGUCGACCGAAGCUCUCUGGCGCAGCUGGAGAAGAAGUACGCCGACUUGCUCAACCGCAAGAAUGACAUCGAGAGAGAACUCAUGUCCGAGCGGAAAGCGAGGAAGGAGGACGGGGGGAAAAGGUUAGAACUUUACUGGGGAAGCAUUCAAAGUCAUUUCCCAUCUUCAUACGUCGGCUGGAUCCCACCCCGGAGCGCGGCCUACCCCCCUCUUUUGAAAGUAUAAUAAAAAAUUUUUUUGCUUUCAGGCUCGACUCUAACGAACUUCAGCGAGAGAAAGAACGUGUUUUGGAACGAGAGGUUGGUUCUUUUUAAUAUCUCUAUUGCCCAUUCCGCGCCAACUUGUCACGAUUUUUGUCUCCCUCUGAGCUACAAAACCCUUCCCUUCGGAGCGCGCGAUAUUAUCUCUGCCUGCGCCUUUAAUAACGGAAAUUUUAGGCCAAAUAAACGACGCAAGCAGAGAAACAUCCCGCGCGGAAUGAUUCUCUAGCUGGGUGGGAAACAGAAAUCAUGGCAACGCGGAAAAGCCUAUACCUCAUUUUUUAAAUCAAAAGAAAAAGAGAGAAUUUGCGUUUUUCAGGUGGACAAUCUGCGUGCAGAGGCUCGUGUCAGAGAAGAAAAGAGUCUUGAAACGGAGAACGAGUUGCAACAGCUGCGAAAGUACAAGGAAAUGAAUGACAUUGAUGUGAGUGUACAUGGAAAAAUAAUGGGAGGGAGAACUCUAAAAAAAAUUUUCUUGCUUGAAAAUUUGGCCCCUGGUCGUUUUUGAACAUUUUGGGGUAGUGAAUACGAUGCCGUAAAGGAAAUUACAGUCCGUAAACUUGGUUCGUAGCCUAAUUUGGCAGUUAAUUUGUAUUUUUCUUUAUACAAAGUCUUCUGAACGCGCUGUUAAACGGCCUUCCACUUUGAACCACUUUGCAAUCUUCUCCAAUCUUCUUUCGUUGUUAAAACUUUGAGUAUAAAUUUUUGUUUAUUCAUGAAAAUAUUCACUUUGAACUUUUUAUGUACUCUCAAACUUGACGCGCCCCUCCCCAAGAUUUUCGGAUAUCAAAAUUUGAGAUUCAGGAGUUGAACAUGGAGCUCCGGAUCCAAAAAGAGAAGCUUUCGCAUCUGGAAGCGUCGUUGGCUUCGGAGAACAAGCUGAAGCAGGAGUUGUUCCGUGCUUUGGGGGACGCGCGGGCAAACAACGCGGUCCUCGAACACCGGAUCUCCGAGAUGGAAGGUCAGUCGAGCCAUCUUUUUCACUCAGACUCUUUCUCUUCAGACGAGUUCACCAUCAGUCCACAUCAUCAUCUCCAGCACGACAAUUUGGUUCGUCUUUGAAUUUAAUUCGCUGAUUUCCAUCAAAACGUUCAUUUUGAUAAUCUCGUCUGUAGUUGAUUCACAAACCCAUGGAAAAAUGGGUUCUGACACGAAAAAAAAGGAGACAGGGCCUGUUUGGUGGAAAGCGCAGACAGGCACCCCAAGCUUUUUUGUCCCAAGCUAACCGUGAAUAAGCUAUAUAGUUCUAGGAAAGUUUUUUUAUCCUUUCAGAGUAUUUUUCGUCUUGUUUUCUUCUCAAAAUGAAUUUCUGCACCACUUAUGGGACCUCAAAAAUCAAAUUCUUCAAAAUUUCUUUGUUGUGCGAAAAUUCAUUCAGAAAUUAUGUAUUCAAGAAGCUCACAAAAAGCAAUUUAGGUUAGAAAAUUUGUAGUUAGAAUAGGCAAAGUCGGAGAGGGUGAAAAAAGGCUCCAAAAGGCUUUUCCUUUUUUGCUACCUUUUUGCGCCAUUUCACCAGCUUUUAUGCCCCAAUUUUGCUGCCUCUUUCUUUUUUCACCAGUUCUGAGCCUUCGAAAUCUCAGAAAAAAUGGAAGGCUCGAUAAAAGAACUCUUUUCUCUGCCUUUCUGCGGCCUUUUUUUUGAGCCUCUCCCUUUGAGCGUUUUUCGACUUUGCCCGAGUUAGAAAUGAUAACUUUAAUACUUAUUUACACGUCAAAUAAAACUAGGAUUGACCGGGAAUGUAAAAACUUUCAUUUUUGUUUUUAAAAUGUGUUGAAUCUCUAAUUUCAGGCCAAUUUGGAACACCAAAAUGGCACGCAGCAGACGCAGCAACAAAAACAGCCACUUCACAUCAACAUGACGCGCCAAUGCUCUCCCUUCGGAGAAAAGGUCGGCUCCUUUUUUCAUUUUUCGUAGAACGCUCAUAAAAAUGAAAUAUUUUGCUCUCCAACUAGUAAAUCAGAAGAAGGGGUGAGAACUAAUCUACGCUGCUGUCAGUAUCGGCGAUGCAAUCUCAAGUCUUCAGGUCUCGCCGAUUCCUUCGACGCCGACGCCACAACUCCACAACGUUCCUGCGCCGCCGCCGUACCAGAUGGUCGUUCAACAGCCGAAAACGGCCGAAACAGCGCUCAACUAUUUGUGAGUGACUCAUCAUGUUCUUUUCCUUGGAAAAAGUUCGUUUCUUCUUCUUCCUACGCUUCUGCGCCGCUUCGGCGCCCCUAGUCGAUUAGCCGAGGUCAUAUCAUGAUAUCAGGGAUAAUCAGUGACAUAUCCGUCCUUGCGUGUGAGGGCUGGGGGUUUUUAAGUCGAGAUUUUCCCAUUCUUAGGAACUCCAUAGUGGCAACCAUAGGGCUUUUGAAGAGGGACCAACGGGCUGUUUAUCCCCCUUACCCUCAUAGUGAUCUAAAAUUCAUAAGCUACCAGAAUUUCUCUAAAUCCCUUAGUUGGGUCGAGGCGGGGAUCGAACUUGUGACCCUGUGGACCUUAGACAGGCACACAUCCUGUUGCGCUACGACGCGUCCCAAAAAAGUUCGUUUCAAUCGUAAAUGUUGAGUUUCCUAGAGAAGGAUUGACAUUUUGAGCCUAAUCUGAUUUUCGGACUGCAAAACAAGGAUUCUUUUUGAGGUACACGGCGCUGCAGCAGCACCACUCGUCUCCAACUGGCGAACAUCUUCUUUUCGACGCUCCGCAACCCCCGACGCCUUCUUCCACCGGCAUGACGUCAUCGUGCAGUGUGAUGAGUCCUCAUGAGAUCAUCGCCUCGCGCAUGGGUAAAUUCGGUGCUCCAUCGAACCCCGCUAGAUCCAACUGA